UGUUAAAUGUGACCUCAUUAUCAGCUGGUAUAUGCGUUAGCAUUAGAUUUCCCAGUACUUGUUGUGGAGUAUCUUGUGUUGUCACUUUGUCCAGGUAUUGAUGUGAUACCUGUCAGGUAUUGAUGUAUUACCUGUCCUCAGAUACGGAUAUUUCGAUACCUGAUAUGUGAUUCAGAGUGGGUAGAGGAUUAUACAUGCUGAGGAUUAUUUGAAAACGACAGUUAACCUCUCUGCAGCAGCUUACAUCUGUAACAAGGUUUUAACCUGGACGUACUCUGUAUCCUGUCCUUAAUAACAAAAGGAAGCCUGACUGGGUUGCAGAUGUUGGACGUGAACAUAAAUGUGUUUUUAGUGUUAAUUUGUGAAGGAUAAAAAACAAUUCGUGAACCAAAAGAGACUGUAACUUCCAAGGUAAAGUCCUUUCGGGCUGGAAGAACGACUGUGAUUACAUUUAUAAACUGAAUAUUACAUUGUGUUUGAACCAGUCAUGGAGGAAUUGUUUCGAACCAUCAGAGAAAUCGGAAGCGCAAGACAAGGUUCCAGUGAGGCCCAGGAGUUCUGUAAUGGGAAGACUCUGUGGUGUGACAAGGGCCACUGCUGCGGCAAGGGGAAGUGUUGUGCCUACUACUACGAACUCUGGUGGUUUUGGUUGAUAUGGGCGUUGAUAAUCCUUCUGAGCUGCUGUUGUUUAUAUCAACAAAAACGAUUCCGUCGACGUCAGUCUCCCUCACGACGGGGGAAUCGAGGGAGACCACGAAACAGGUCAAGGAUAGCACAGGCACUAGAUGCUGCUUUCAUUACACCUAUUUUUGAUCCAGAUCGGGUGAGGCUCCCAACAUAUGAUGAGGCGAAAGAGAUGCCUAAAGACCCUCCUCCUUAUAACUCGCUCUAUGAAACGAGACUGCCAGAGACAUCUGUUAGCGGACAACAACCUUCUCAUAAUACAUCACCUUCACUUCCUGUCUUGAGAACUAUCAAUGAUGCACCACAAGCCAGUCUGAUUGAUAACGAGGAAGAGGCAGCUGUGACUGUUGAUAUUGACCGGUGGACGGACCCCCCACCCCCCUACACCACCCAGGCCACACCUGUACCAUCCGUCCACAUCCCCAUCCCCUCCUCAUUGCCCCUCCCUAACCCAGUGCCCCCCGACACCACCUCUCCCUCCCCGUCACAUGUCCCAUGUCCAGCACCUCAUAGUCCCACUGCAAGUUUACAACCUGCUACCCCCAGUCCAGAUGGUAGUGCCACACCCACCUCUUCUGCACCCAACUCCACAAACACAGUCCCCACCCACACAUCCUUAGUUUCCACCCCUACAAAUAACUUCCCCUCCCCGACAUCUUCUGUCCCCCACCCCACAUCUUCUUCACCAGCGAACUCUUUUCCUUCCUCUUCCCCAACCCACCCACGUUCUAUCCCCACCCAUCCCGACUCUGCUCAAUCCUGAGACUGACCAAGUGGCCAAGCUGUCCUUGUUUCACCCUAUACAGGAAACAAAAGCAAACGAUGUCCAGUGCUACUGAGGUUUACUCAGUUGAAAAACUCUAUGCAACAACAUGUUAUUUACAAAGUGGCCCUCACCAUGUGGGUUGCAACGUUGUUGAAGGAGGGACAGAGCAUAUUUGUAAAGAUGUGCAGAACUGGAUGUAUUGUCCAAAUUGGAUAGCAUAAGGUGAUUGAACUGUAUGCCACAAAACAUUGCCAUCGAAUCUGUGAUACAAACCAUCCUGCCUUAUGUUGUGUAAGGGAGAUAGCUCUAGUAUCAACCUGCCUUAUAUUGUGUAAGGGAGAUAACUCUAGUAACCAAUCUGCCUUAUUUUGUGUAAGGGAGAUAACUCUAGUAACCAAUCUGCCUUAUUUUUGUGUAAGGGAGAUAACUCUAGUAACCAACCUGCCUUAUUUUGUGUAAGGGAGAUAACUCUAGCAUUGUGGCUUCCUGUGUGGCUGGCAAGAUAUUGAGAUAAGCCAGAGAAUAGAGACAACUCUAUUGUUAUUAGUCUUGACAGAGUAAUCUAGAUAGUAUGAUGUGUUGUGAAUGAACAAUGAUUGUUAGAUAUUUAUAAAGUAGCCUCCAUGUGGGAUUUUCAAGAUUUUCUUUACAACUAUUCUUGAACUAAAUGAAAUUAUUCCGCUGGAAUAAUUAAUAUUUUGAACAUGAGUGCAUAUCAGCCAUUUUAGUUGACCUGAAAUUUUAUCCAAUAUCCCAUAAUCUAAAGGAAAUCAAAGGGUUCUUCCACAAGUAAUUUGUUUAACAACUUUGAAUUUUAAUAAUAACUACAUCUUGUAAAAUAUCAAUACAUGUAUAUGAAAGUGCUGUGAUGUAUUUAGGGAAGUAGUAUACAAUAGGUUGUCAGGGUAUGUUAGUAAGCGGGACUUGCUGCAUGUAUUUAUCUGUAUGUAAAAUGGUGCAUUUUUCAACCUUUGAUCUCUCUGUGACCCCAGACUAUAAUAUUUCCCAGGGUGCCUUACUGCUCGAUCCUUUUCCAUCAAUCUCUUUUAUCGAUUGUUUUCUAAAGUGCUCAGAAAUUAAGUUUUUAUAAGAUAUGUGUUGUCUGUAACAAUCUGUUGUUGAUAAGUGUUUUUCAUGGUUUUAUUUGUUUACAUACAUCAACGACAGGGGGUGCUGCUUUAAGCUUAGAUAUAAACACUGUAUUAGCCUUAGCAACUGUGGGGAACCUACUCGUAAGUGACAACUUCACAUAACAACAAGAAUCAUUAGUUACCUGGCCAUCUGAGAAGAUCCAGGGUAGAGUAGGUGUUCAGCAAUCCGUGCCUGCCUUGAGAGAUGACUAAUGGGAUCUGGAGGCAGACUCAAUGACUUGGUUGAUGCAUGUCAUCGCAUCCCCAUUGAAUGGAUUGAUGUUCAUGAUGCCAGUCACUGGAUUGUCUGGUCCUGGUUACAGAACGCUGUCAUAUAGCUUGAGCGCAGUGUUAAACAAUGAACAAACAAACAAACAAGUUACCUGGGAUACACAAGGUUUUUCUUUGCAACUAAUUAGCAACCUUUGAUUCACUUUAUCACCUUUGUUGGCUACCCUUGGAAUUACAAAUUUCCCUUUGACGCCUGAGAUCUAUUCAGUCACUUGUGGUACCCUCAGCAAGCCAUGUUUACCAUCAAUAUUCAUAUGUCCAUAUUUUUUUGGUAAUGGAUAAAAUUUGUUAAUUUGUUAGUUGAAUGAUUUUGAUUACUAGGUGAUAUUUGAGAAAUAAUGCCAGUAAUGGAUGACCAGAACAUGAUUAUUGUUUGUUUUGCUUACAUUAUGAAAUAAUUCUAUCUCCUGUUUAUCAUGUAUGGUGCUAUGUUGUUUGUAGAAGCUCUGCAAAGAUUCAUGCAUAAACUCUUUACCUACA